AUGGAGAUGGAUGAGCCCAACAGUACACCCCAUCGUGCUCUGGCUGUGGACACAGUCAUCCAUUGCUCCCCAGAACCUGGCGCUCAGGCACUUCAGACUUUGGGAUUCCGAGUUCAGAUGGCCCCCCAAACAGCUCUUUGUCUGGUAAUAGAAUUUGGGGACAACUCUGAUAUUCAAAUGAGGAUCCAGAACAUGUCUGAUGAAAACGCAGUCACUACCUACCACCAGUAUCUGAAAGAAGGAAACUACAUGCUCAGAGCAGUUAUUUAUAAUGAGUGUCAUGGAGCAGAAGUGGAACUUGGGCCUUACUAUGUGGAAGUCAGCCAGGAGGCCACGUCUGUGUCCAUGAAUUCCAGCAGCAUCCACGCAGAUGAGGUUCUGGUCUUUGGUGCCUCACCUAAUCAGAAAAGCACUGUUGUGAUGCAUCAGUUCCACUCCAUUCUGUUAUAUAACGUGUCCUUCAUUUCACAAACCCAACUGGCUAAUAGCCAGGUGUGGUCCAGCGUUACUGUUUAUUAUCAGCUGCAACCCAUCUCUGUCUACACAAAUGGAACUGUGUUUGCCACAGACACCAACAUCACAUUUGUAGCUGUAACCAUGGAAACAACUCCCCUGGAGUUCAUGUGGUAUUUUGGAGAUGACCCACCAGUGAGGACAACUUCAAGAAUCAUGAAGAAAAGAUUCAUCAUCCCCCAGUGGCACCAUGUGGUGGUCAGGGCCUCCAAUGGGCUCAGCAGUGUGGCCUCAGAGCCUCACCGCAUCAGGGUCCAGAGGAGAAUUGUCGCCAACAGACUGGUGUCCACCUCAUCAGCACUGGUGAAUGUCAGUGUGGCCUUUGAGUGCAGAAUCAACUUUGGCACUGAUGUAGCUUUCCGAUGGCACUUUGGGGAUGGUGCUGUCAGUGUGGGAAACAGCUCCAUCAACCAUGUCUACAGCAGGGAGGGCGAGUUCACCGUAGAAGUCCUCGCCUUCAAUAGCAUCAGUGCCACCUCCCUCAGGAAGAACCUUUUCAUUGUGUCCCGGCCCUGCCAACCGCCUCCGGUAAAGAACUUGGGGCCUCAGAAAGUACAGGUGUGGCGGUCUCAGCCUAUAGAGUUGAGGGUGACGUUCGAGGCCCCCAUGCUCUGCGACAUCUCCCAAGGCCUCACUUAUAGCUGGAGCCUCCAGAGCUCUGCAGGGCUGACAGUCCCCCUGCCUCCUGCUGUCCACACACACAGGCAGACCCUCACUGUGCCAGGCUACUUCUUGGAACCCGGGAACUACACUGCCCUGGCCAAGGUCCAGGUGGAAGGCAGUGUUGUGUACAGUAACUAUUGCGUUCAGGUCGAGGUACGCGCCCGGGCCCCUGUCAGUGUGAUCUCCGAGGGCACACACCUGUUCAUCUCCAGGACCCUGGUCUCCACCAUCACCCUCAGGGGCUCCCAGUCCCAUGACCCGGACUAUCCUGGGGCCAUUCUCAGCUACCAAUGGAGAUGCACUGUAGCCAGCACCCCAGGCCACCCCUGCUUGGCCCCGUCAUCUUCACACAGCUGGAAUGCCCGGGCUCCUGCACUGGUCUUGACAACAAGUUCUCUCAGUGACAGCCACGACCAGUUUCUCAUCUUGCUGACUGUGUCCAGCGGUGGCCGGAACUCUUCAGAGGCACAAGUGUUCCUGUCUACCCGUGUUGACCCAGCCCUCAGAUGGGUCCACAUCUCCUGGAUCAAUUUUAAAGACGUGCUCGUCAACUGGAACGAAGAGCUCUCUCUUCGAGCAGAAUGUGAAGACUGUGGGGAAGUAGCAGAUCUCUCUUAUUCCUGGGAUCUCUUUCUAGUCAAUGCAACAGAAAAGAAUAAUCUAGAAGGUCCCUUUUGUAGGACAGUGGGGCUGCUGGGCUCUUCAAGAGUUGGCGCUGUCUCUAGGUCCUUUGCCCCAAAGCUGACAACAGUGAAGCCAGACCAACUAGGCACCAAUGAGACAAUAGCAUCCUCGUUGUGGGAGCCAUCUCCACAGUCACCAGGCCCUUACACUCCAGGCAGGCCUGCCUUCUGGGGUCUGGGGAGGACCCCCAAGGAGGCCACAGGGAGCUCAAAGCAGGCUCCUGUGGCUGGUGACACUUCAGCCCUAGAGGCAGCCUCCUGGGGUGAGGAGUCCCUGGUGUUCAGCCCCUCUCCUUCUGAAAGCCCCUCUUCCCCUUCAAUCUCUGAUUUUGAAGCCUAUUACAGUGACAUCCAAGAAGCAGAACCAUCCAGAGGACGACAACCAGGGACCAGCCUUCCAGGUGCAGGGCCAAGUAUGAGUGAAGCUGAGUACCCUGGUGAUGGGGACAAUCUGGUGGACCCCCUCCUCCUCACCAGUCAAGACCAGCCCCUACUCCUGGUGGACUGGCCCAAGUCCCUGCUCAGCCGAGCCAUUUUCCACAGCUACACCUCCUCAGGUAUUACUGGACGGGCUGUGAUGGUCAAGCCUUAUGCACUGAGCCCUGGAGAAACAUAUGUCCUACAAGCCUCUGUAGCUUCAAAGCACAACUUCCUGGGAAAAGCUCAGCUCUACCUGACUGUCAGCCAAGCUCCGAGGGGGGUGUCCUGUCAUGUGCAGCCCCCCCAUGGCCUGGAGGCACACACCAUCUUCAGCGUCUUCUGCAUGUCAGGGAGACCGGACUUCCGCUAUGAGUUUAGCUACAGGAUUGGAAACUCCCCCAAGCACACUUUGUACCGAGGCAGGGACACCCAGUAUUAUUUUGCGCUGCCAGGCGGUGAGCCCUCAAACAAUUAUAAAGUGCUGGUGUCCACCGAGGUCACAGAUGGACAAGGCUCCCAGGUGCAGCCAUGUACUGUAGAGGUCACUGUGCUGCCUCGUUUCCAUGGCAACCACUGCCCCAGUGAAGACCUCUAUAAUUCAAGCCUGGAAAACCUCUCUACCCUCCAGCUGAUGGGGAGUUCCCUGGAAAUCAGAAACUAUGUCACCAUGCUCACCAAGGUCCUGAGUCGCUGGGUGAAGGAGGACGGAAGUUCAUUGUGUGUCCAGUGGCCACAGAUGCAGGAUGCAUUCAUUUCUUCAGUGUGCAGACUGACUCUCACAAACCAGGAAGAUAUGAUUGACACUGUUCUCACAUUGAACAAUCUCAUCCGCUUCAUGAAUAAGUUAAGCUUUAUGAGUGGAGUUCUCAUUCUCAAAUAUGCACAGACCCUCCUCACACAAAGCCAGUCCUUGGGGAAGUUUAUGAUGGACAAAAGUUUUGCAAGUGAACUCAUCUUUCUUGUAUCUGGAGUCUUAGAAGUCUCUGACAAAGAGAAAUCAAGAAAUGUGAACUACCUAAGGGGUGAAGGAACCAAGAUCAUCUCAGAUUUACUAUUAAGCUGCCUAUGUCUGAAUGAGGAGCAUGGAUUCCACGUGAGCACAGGACAGAUGGAGUUCCUCGCUCUGCUUCAUCACAACCAACAGAGUUCUGUGCAGAACCUGGGUUCUGUGCAGGUGCAUUUGCCUGCAGACGUGGCUGGGCUGAGUCCUGCUGGAACAGAAAUGCAGAGCCCAUGUUAUGUCAGCCACCUCAUGUUCUUCAAGAAAAAUCUGUAUGGAGAGGGGCAAGCUCCUGGGCAGACUGGCCAGACUGUGGCUCUGUCCCUGUUCAACUGUUCCAGCAGGAGACCCAUCAGUAGACAGCGGCUGAAGAAACCAGUGACCGUGGAGUUUGGGGCAUUUGGGGAGGAAGAUCUGGAUAGCCAGAGAAAUAAAACUGCAUUUGUAUUGCUUCGGGAUAAAGUGAAUUUCCACAAGUUCACUGGAUUUUCUGAAAAACACCUAGAGUCUUUACAGAUGAGAAUAGAGUUUUCCAAGCCCAUUGCAAGAGCUUUCCCGGUCCUGCUGCUGGUGAGGUUCUCCGAGAAGCCUACUCCCUCGGAUUUUCUUGUCAAACAGAUCUACCUGUGGGAUGGGCAUGUGGUACACAUUCAUAUCCCUGCUGCUUUGCGGAAAGAUACCAGCUCAGGAUAUUUAUCUAUGUUAGAUGCUGACUAUGAUAGGAAACCUCAGAACAAAUACUUUGCUGAGGCUGUGAACUACACGGUGCAUUUCCAGUGGAUCCAGUGCCUGUUUUGGGACACAAAGGGGUGGAAAUCUGAACGCUUCUCUCCACAACCAGGAACUUCUCCAGAAAAAGUGAACUGCAGUUAUGACCGCCUGGCUGCUUUCACUAUUGCAAGAAGACAGCUGAACGCCAGUUUUGAAGUGAGUGACAUUUCCAAGUUACAGAGACACCCAGAAAACCUGCUCCCCAGUACCUUAAUGGUGGUGACUGUGAUUCUGUAUGCACUCCUGGCUACCAAAAGCAGACAGGUGGAUCUUCGUGAAAAAAAGAAAAUGGGUCCUAUUUUCCUGCAGGAGAACAGCCCGGGUGACCGCCAACUGUAUGCAGUGGUCAUUGACACCGGCUUCCGGGCUCCUGCUCGAUUUACUGCAAAGGUUUACAUUGUUCUAUGUGGAGAAAAUGGAAUUUCUGAACCCAAAGAACUCUACAGCCCAGAGAAGCCCCUGUUUGAAAGCAAUUCCAGACACACUUUUAUCCUCAGAGCUCCGGCGAGGCUGGGCCCCCUCCGGACCCUCCGCCUCUGGCACGACAGCUGUGGAGCCUGUCCUGCCUGGUACAUCAGUCACGUGAUGGUGGAAGAGCUGCACGUGGGACGGGGAUGGGGACAGGGACGGUGCUGGUUCUUCCCUGCGGAGUGCUGGCUGGCGGCAGGCAGGCAGGAUGGCCACGUGGAUCGGGAGCUUCCCUGCCUGCAGCAGGGUCCUGGCUUCUGGAAGCUCCUGUAUUCAGUGUUCACCGAGUACCUGGAGGACUUCCAUGUGUGGCUGUCCGUGUACAGCCGGCCUUCACCCAGCGGCUUCCUGCACUCACAGCGCCUGGCAGUUGCCUCCACCUUGCUGUGUCUGUACAGCUGUCUUGCUGCCCUGCUCAUCGCAGUUGGACAAGAACAGCUCCCCCUGGGUGUUGGCCCCACUGAUAACACAUUCAGUUCUUUCCAGAUGGGUUUCCUUCUCACCCUCCUGGCUUCUCCAGGGGCACAGCUUUUGUCACUGCUCUUCAGGCUCAGCAAGGGAGCCAAGGAGCCUUCUGGAGUGGAGCCAAGCUUCCCCCUGAGAGGAGUGAAGACAGACACAGCUCAGGGAACUCUGGGAAGUUCCAACUCUGCACAACUCCCCACUCCAUGUACCUUGUCCAGUGUGGGCCUAGAGCACUCCACAAAGGCUCACUCUCCAUAUUACCAAGGAGAAUUCCCCGGAAUGAGCUCUGAAGGACUCCCCACUCCCCAGAAGUCCUGGGCACCUCUGCCCUGGUUGGGCUCAGCAGCCUGGCUCAUCUGUGGGACAGUGUCUGUGGCCUGUGGCGUGGGGACAGGACUCCUGGGAUACAGGUUCAGGCCUGAGCAGUGUGUCCAGUGGCUGCAUCUGCUGGCUUCCUCCAUGCUGUGCUGUGCCCUCCUCACCCAGCCGCUGUUGAUCAGCCUGGUGGCUUUAGGCUUUGCCUGGAAGAGGAAGGACGACAAGCACUUCUUCACAUCGUCUCUAAGAGUCACUACCCAGGCUCUGAGGUGCAAGCUGGCAGGGCCCUCUGAGGCCUGCUGGCCCCCAUCUUACAGCUGCAGUGUUCCCCAGGGUACCUGUGAGGUUGAACAGGUCCUGGCCACCAGGCAGCGAGCACGCCGUUUGCGCCAGUGCAAGGUGCACCCACCUUCUGAGGCCCAGCUCCGAGCACCCAGGGCAAGGAUGAGAAGACAGAUAGGAGCCCAGCAGGCACUCAGAAGCAUCUCCAUGUACCUCCUUAUGCUGCUGUUAUUUUUAGUUAUUGUAUAUGGAAAAUUGUCUCAGGGUGAAUAUUUUCUCAAUCAAGCCAUCCGGAAUGAAUUUACAAGAGGUGCCGGGCACUCCUCAAGUGGCCCCAGAAGCAUGGACGAGUGGUGGCACUGGAGCCUGACCACACUGCUCGAUGGCCUGUACCAGGGAGACUCCUCUGCUGCCACCAGCACACCAGGCACCCAGCCCAGGGCUCUGGGAGGAAAGUGCUCCCUACUAGGCACUCUGACCAUUAGACAGCUGAGACACCAUCCUGAGAGCCUUUGCAAGCUCCCCAGUUCAUUGUCAGCACCUACCCAAGACUCUCUUUCUACAUGUAACCCCACAGUUGAAGACCCUGAAACUCCCCUUGUGACCGACCCAGAGGCUGCAAGGAUAUCCUCACAUCCUGCCCUGACUGUCAUUCUGCUCUGCAGGCCUGCUUCACGGGACACCCUGACCAAGCUCAGGGCCAGUGGGUGGAUUGAUGGCAGCACCAGGGCUGUGUCCCUGCACUUCUCCCUCUACAACCCUCCAACUCGACUCUUCUCCAGUGUGUCCCUGAAUGCAGAGUUGCUACCUGAGGGGGGCCUCACCUUCUCCCCCCUGGUGGAGUCCUUCACCAUCUUCCCCAGCGACUCCUCCCCGAGGUACCACCUCAUAUUGACUGAGCUGCUCUUCCUGGUGCUCAGCGUGAUUCACUUCUGCUUUGAGUGCUACGACAUGAUUGAGAAGGGCACCUGCAGCUAUUGGAGAAAACCAAGGAGCUGGCUGAAGGUCUCCAUAGUUGGGGUCAGCCUCGCCUACCUAGCAGCCUCCAGCUAUCGGGCGACUCUUGCUGGGGAGGUGACAGACCAGUUCCAGAAAGGAUGCUUCCAAGGAUUCACAGACCUUAGUCACAUGGCCUUGUGGAAUCAGAGGUCAAGGUGGCUCCAGGGAAUCCUGUCCUUCCUCCUGAUGGGGAAAUGUGUUUGUCUUCUUGGCAUUCAGAAAACAAUGGCACCUGGUUCCUUUAAGAUGGGCAACUCAUUCUCCAGCAUCUUCACACCAGGGCUGAUAGGUGUCCUGACGCUAGCCGUGCACCACUGCCUACAUCGAUUCCUGCUCUCCACUGGAGCCCUGCCAUCAGGAACCUUAGCAGAUACUUUCCGGGACCUGCCAUUUCAGUUCCCAGGAAGAAGUCAAAAUCCCAGCUUCCUCAGUCUGUCCAGAUCUGAUCAGCAGGCUGCAGCUUGGUGCUACGGAGUCCUUUCUAUAGCAGUAGCCAUUCUGUGGUUUGGGAUGGUAUGUAAAUACCCCCCAGGCUUGGUAGUCAGGGUUUGUAAAGGUUUUACCCACUGUGUAGGGAUAAGCAUUUCUCAUUUCCAUGAUACAGGCUGGAUCUCAGGGCCAUCAUUUGCCUGUGGGAAUAAUUGGAGAAGAGGAAGGGAUGCUUGGGAAGGAGUUUCAUAUGUGGGACAUGUCACUCUGCAGUCUGGGGUAUUCGGGGUAGAAAACUUCUUGAAGGCAGCAGCUUUUGGGGAUCUUAUUACUAACAGCAAGACUCUUUCUAACAGCUGGAAAGAGCUGAUGCUGAGAGUCUCCAUGCUCAUGGCUUUUGCCCAAAAAAGAAAAUCUUUCCAAAGCAAAUUUCUAGUGAGACUUAAAGAUGUGAAGGCCUACCUGUGGGAGAAGGCUCACAUACUCCUGGGACUAGAAGAGCCCAUAGUGGAGGACACAGAGAUGGCUGAGGACUGUAAUUACUACCUAGAUGAAUGUUCAGAUCUGUUGGAUGAACUUCUCUUGAAGAUUGAUGGUUUGUCUGACAGCCUACAGCUCCCUUUUCUACAACAGCAAUCUAAAAGUGCAUCGGAAGCCAGAGUGGAAGAUGGUUCUUUGCUGGGUGUUUCUGCUCCUGGGAAGUACAGUUCCACACCCUUCAAAAUGCCAUACCAAGCCUACAACCAAAGUUCGCUGAGUCCCCUCUACCCUCGUAAUACAACCAACCCCACCCCACCACCUCUUCUCUGCGAAUCUCAGUUCUGCAGGCUAAAUCCAAAGGAUGUGACCGUUGCUUCUCUCAAUGCUGUCCCAUCGUACUCUUAG